UUCGCAUAUACAUAUAUAUUGAAUCUAUUUCUUUUUCAGCGGUACUCCUCGUUUCAUCCUGAUCCCGAGCCGACAUCUACGUACAGCGCCAUGUCCGCUGAGCCCUCUUCGAACAGACUUGAAGUGUGAAUUCGGCUUGAUGCAGCUCCACGGCGAGCCAUAUGGAGGAUGACCGGGGUAAGGAUGGACAUGUGUACAGGAAGCAUUGGCAUAUGUAUCACUACACUGGGACCUCUAAGCUACCACCUUCCUGUCUUCAUCUCUUGCUGUCUGUCGGGUUAGCAUCGUGCAUUUCCAUUAGCUUGGCUAGGCGGGGCCAAUGGCAACAUCAUCACAAACUUUUGCGGAUGUGGCUGAAUCAUCAUUCCCUGGAUCCAGUCACACCCGGCCGCCGCGCCCUGGUUGAGAAUCCUUUCGGCAGAAGCGUCGUGGAGUACAUGCAGUUUCAACCCAAUGGGUAGCGAGGUCGUGCUUGAGUCCUAACAUGAGCCAUCCCAGGGGAAAGUCUGC